UCAUGUCAAUGUUUACAGUGGGAGCUGAAUUACAGCAUUCUGUUACUGACAGAAAAUAUUAAAUCAUUAACAGUCUUAACAGUACAAAAGGACGGAGCAUUCUGAAUCAGCUGCUGUGUAAUGCACACUUGGUUCUACAUGAUAAAGAGACAGGCUGGCAGAGACUGGUGUGUCCGUUUCUAAUGCGCCCAGCACGGAUGAGUUGGGGAAUAUGUGGUACCCAGAAGAGGAGGCUGGUACUGGGUAUCAUCAUCCUACUGCUUGUGGACAUAAUCUGGGUUGCUUCAUCUGAACUCACUGCAUACGUCUUUGUGCAUCAACAGUAUAGCAAGCCCUUUUUUAGCACAUUUGUGAAGACCUCAAUGUUCAUGCUGUAUUUGCUUGGCUUCCUCUUCUGGAAACCAUGGAGACAGCAGUGUGCAGCCCAACAGAAACCCGGCACUUUCGUUUUUAAUGCUGAUUUAUAUGUGAAUGGACGUAGCUCUGAAGAUGGCUUUAACGACCCCCUAAGUGAGCCUCUGUAUGUGCCGGUGAAGUUUCAGGAUGCUCCUGAUAGCAGUGCCAUUCGAGAGACUAAAACUCUUGCUAGAAAGCAGCGUGUGAGGUUCAGUAAUAUGAUGGAGAUCCGUGAGCUUCCACAGUCUCAGGCUUUAGAAGCCAAACUGUCCCGCAUGUCUCAUGCUACCACCUCUCUCAGGAUGAUGGAGAAACUCAGCAUUAGUGAUGUGGCCAAAAUCAGCUUCUUCUUCUGUUUUGUGUGGUUCCUGGCUAAUCUGGCUUAUCAGGAGGCUCUCACAGGCACACAAGUGGCCAUCGUUAACAUUCUGUCCUCCACCUCAGGUCUCUUUACUUUGAUAUUGGCUGCAAUAUUUCCCAGUAACAGCAGCGAUCGCUUCACACUGUCCAAACUGCUUGCUGUUAUUUUCAGUAUGGUGGGAGUGACUGUGGUCAGCUUCUCUGUGAUGGACAGUCCAGGUGGAAAAGGCAUUAUUGGGUCUCUGUGGUCACUGCUGGGUGCGGUGCUUUAUGCUCUCUACAUCGUCAUGCUGAAAAGAAAAGUAGAUCGAGAGGAGAAGCUUGAUAUCCCCAUGUUCUUUGGCUUUGUGGGCUUGUUUAACCUGCUCAUGUUGUGGCCUGGCUUCCUCCUGCUGCAUUACUAUGGGCUGGAGUUGUUUGAGAUGCCCAGCCAGCUGGUGAUCACCUACAUUCUCAUCAAUGGCCUGAUCGGAACUGUGCUGUCUGAGUUUCUCUGGUUAUGGGGCUGUUUUCUUACCUCAUCUCUAAUCGGGACGUUAGCUCUAAGCCUAACAAUUCCACUGUCCAUCCUGACUGAUAUAUGCCUGCAGAAGGCAAGUUUCUCAUGGUUAUUCUUUGCGGGAGCGAUUCCAGUGUUCCUCUCUUUCUUCAUGACUGCGCUUCUGUGUCACUACAAUAACUGGGACCCAGCGAUGGUGGCAGUCCGCAGACUUUACUCCUUCAUAUGCCGAAAACACAGGAGUCACAGAUUACAUUUAGAGGACAGUGAGCAGUGUGAGAGUCUGAUCCCAAUGCAGAGUUCUGCCCUGGGCAGCACUGGUUUCUGCUCCUGAUUCCUGAUUACAAGAGGAACCAGAGUAGCAGCAAGUGACAAUCCGAAACCUGCCCAGUGUGCCUCGUGUCAUCUCUUCAUCUUCCUUUUAUAUACCGAAGGUCCUGUGAUUCAUCACUACAAAGGUCCUCUUGCUUCACUGGCUAUGAUGUCUCAGGGCAGAAAACCAGGCCUGGCAAACAGCAUCUUCAGUCCAUGAUAAGUGAUCCAGUCCAGAUCUACACAUUGACUGACCUACAAACUGUAGCAUCCAGAUUUAAAUGUGCAAUAAGAGGUGAUUGUGAUUGGCUGACUGAGGUCUGGAAUUAGAUUUUUGUUAUUGACUGAAUAUUCAUUGUAUGCGCUUCAGCGUAUACUUCCGUUAAGCAGAUUUCUGACUGAAAGAAAUCCAUAUGUGCUACUUUUCAAAUCACCUCUUUGUACUCUACAUCAUUUGUAGUUGUAGCAAAUACUGUGAUGAACGUCCCGUCAGUUCUGAGAGUGAGAAGCCUUACUUUUAUUUUUUAAAUACAACACUAAAAAUAUGUGAAUAUUUAAUCUGUAUUUGGUAUGAAUGAUCGAAUACUGUGUCAACACUAUUCAGUAAACUGUAUUCAGUAAAUGUA